UGCAGCAGCAACUCCCGCUCGGGAACCGCUGCGCAUCCUCUCCAUCAUGACGGUGGGCACCAUGAGCCACCACAUCUGGAUGUCGGCGCUGACGGUGGAGCUCGCAAAGCGCGGCCACCUCGUCACCUCCAUCGACAUCCACAAGCACGGCGAAAACCCACCCACCCUCAACACGACCAUCAUCGAGACGGCCUUCAAGCUCGCCAAUCCGGAACACAUGAAGCGUUGGUUGGCAGCCACGGUAGUGCAGCAGAUCAGUCUUCUCCAGGAAAUUGUAGAAAAAGAGUGUAUCCGCGACCUGGGCGCACCGGCCAUGCAACGUUUGCUUGACUCGGCCUUCGAAAGCACAUACGACCUCAUAAUCAUCGACUACAUGUCGGACUGUAUGCUGGGCUUCGCCCACCGCUUCAACUACCCCGGCAUGAUCGCUGUGUCUCCCUUCCCCAUCUCGCCGUGGAUCGACGACCUGAUGUACAACCCGCAGGUGCCGUCGAUCCUGGCGCACACCAUGCAGCCCUUCCCGCACCCCAUGAACUUGUGGCAGCGCGCCUGGACCCUCUACCUACACGCGCACUCCAAGUUGGUGGUCUGGUGGUGGCGGCCCGUGCAGGACAGCCUCAUCAAGAGGUUCUUCGGCGAGGACGCACCUUCCGUGGAACAGCUGCGACAGCAUGUUCACGUGGCCCUCGUCAACGAGAACCCUAUCCUGGAGGCGGCCAGACCCUUGCCGCCGAGCCUCAUACCCGUCGGCGGCAUGCACGUCAAACCCGCCGACCUGGGCAGGAUCCCGUCGGACCUCCGCAAAUGGAUGGAUGAUGCGAAGGAUGGCUUUAUUUUUGUGUCGUUCGGAUCGAUCAUGAAAGGGAAGUUCAUUGAUCCAGUCAAGAAGCGCGCGCUGGUAGACAGCUUUGCAGCUCUGGCACCGGUUAGGGUGCUGUGGAAGAUCGAGCCGGACUCGGUGGCAGCCGAGCCGGUCGCCGCGAACGUGAGGGUAGAG